AGUCUUCGGACACCUGAAACCCGCCGAGGACGCUUCUUCGCUUACAAAAACCCUCCGAAACCCACCCGCAGCGGAGAAAGAGGGCGGAGACAGAACAGAGAGAGAGAGAGAGAGGAAGAUGGGGAGCGACAGCGAGACCGAGAAAUCUAUCAAGGAGAAGAAGAAGAUGAUGGCUGUCGCCCCGAUCGCGAAGCCUCUCGCCGGGAAGAAGCUCUGCAAGCGGACCUUCAAGCUCGUCCGAAGAGCUUCUGAGGCUAAGUGUUUGAAACGAGGAGUAAAGGAAGUAGUGAAGAGCAUUCGUCGCGGUCAUAAAGGAUUGUGUGUUAUAGCAGGAAACAUUUCCCCAAUUGAUGUGAUCACACAUGUGCCCAUCUUAUGUGAGGAAGCUGAUAUUCCAUACAUAUAUGUUCCUUCGAAAGAGGAUCUUGCAACUGCUGGGGUCACCAAGAGGCCUACAUGCUGUGUAUUGGUGCUAACAAAGCCAGCCAGGGGGGAAUUGGCCCAGGAGGUCCAGGAAAAGCUGCAGGCUGAUUACAACCAGGUUGCAUCAGAGGUAAAGGAGCUGACAUCCUCCCUCUUCUGAAAAGGAAGAGCAAAUUUCAUUCUUAUGUCCUACAUGUCCAAUUAUUUUGUUGGUUCUAUUUGAUAUGAGGCGUCAGUGUCCAUAGGCAAGACGCAGAUGCUGUACGUUCUUAUGGGGGACCAAAGAGCAAAGUUGUUUCUCUUUGUUCUUGUUAUUCUUGUUUGUCGAACUUGAUUGAUGUAUUAGCUGGAUGCUGGAUCCCAGGCAUUGUUAUGUUUCGCUGAUAGGUUUGUUUUUGAGCAUUUUUACUAUUCUACUUUUUUGCCA